CCUCAAGUCUUCACAGCAACUGACUUCAUUCAACCUCUAUUAUAUUCAACAAGACUCUGUGCCCCGCACAGCGCAACAAGGCUCUCAAUUCUAUGCACUCGAGGCUCAAGGCAUUGUAUUUCUAAUCAAAGUUCUUUUCCGGCACCGAGAGCAGCUCCUUUGUGCAUGAUAUGGCUCGUCGAGGUCGAGGUAACAAGAUGCCAUCAGGCCCCUGGGGGAGAUUGAAACCUGUCGAGCAGGACCCGCUACAAAGUAUUGGUCUUCCUUCUAAGGGUGAUGACAGCUUACUCAACCCCAAGACCCAGGAGUGGUAUUAUAAUCAGAUAAUUUCACGUUUCCUUGCUUUCUGCACGGAAGCCGGUGACAAGGACUCAAUUAUACGGAGUUUCGACGCUCUAGAUAUAAGAGCAGUUGAUCCAACUCCUGCAACACCAUAUACCAGACCUCCACCUGGAUACAGACCGCCUUCCACAGCAACUUCUACAGCAGCGUCAUCUUCAACGCCAGCCCCUGAAACUCCAGCUACAAAUGCUAGUGGUUCUUCUCAAACUACUGGCUCAGAUUCUGCCAAUGCUGUCACAUCGCCAGCGUCCUCUGCCCUGAGUGGCACAUUGAAAGCCCUCCGUUCUAUCAUACCGUCUAGUGGACCAUCAACCUCGAUGUUGGCAGCUAUUGAGGACCCUGACAAUACUAAAUAUCUGCAGGAUGUCCUGAUGGCAUUGAGAAAGCUUCGAGAAGGCUUGGUGGCUACAAAACGAGCUGAUCUCUUCUCAAUCCAAGCAUACAUCUUCUCCAUCCGCCUGUCCAUUCUUGCAAAGCAUCCAGAAUCAUACCAUCCGGCAAUUCUACACCUUCUCCGAUACAUGGCUGUAUGGACACCCAUGGUUAAUAGUGAGAUCGAGGAGAUUGCCGGUUACUUCAUGCUGGAUGCCGCAUGUCGGCGUAGGGACCUGACCGAGGCAUAUUUCAUCAGACAAGACUUCAAUAUCAGGAACAAGAAACUGGACCGGAUACUCAAAGCGCUGGCACACGACGACUAUGUCUCAUGGCAGUUCUCGAAGAAACAAGUUAGCCGACACUGCUUGAAGUUGAUGGAGUGGGCCGACGACGAUUUGAGACUUCACACCCUGAAAUGCUUUUCAAGGUCGUACUUCAACGUGGAUUUGCCAUUUUUGGAGUUUGCUACUGGUCGCAAGUGGGAUGAACUGAAAGAGAAGGACAAGGUCGGAUGGGAACUUGGCGAUGAAGAAAAGGUCACCAUUCGGAAAGUAAGAGCGAAGUGAAAGUCUUAUCCCAGCGUUGGCACUUUCCUCAGCAGCUGGUGGCAGGGGCAAGCAGUGUCUGGUUCGAGGAACCCACUUAUAACUCUUUCCGUUGCUUCAAUUCUAAUGUACAGCGUUUCUUGUCGCGAUUUCACUCUUCAAUUGAAGCUUCGGCCUCUACUGCCGUUUCUUGAAUACCUUACCUGACUGAAUGAUGGAUCUCAACCAGCAGAUUAUUACUAUGGCCUCCUAUACACCUCUCGCGAAGAUCUGGCAGGGCCCUGUUAUUCUCUGCUCUCCAGUAAGGCAAAUUCUGAUAAAGGUGACCCGACGGAGACCCUGUUGGACUGAGAAUUGGCAAGUUGCAUAGACCAUGCCUCCUUACCUACUAAUAAAUAAGCAGUACCGACCUCGGGCCCGUAGGUUGUGUUUGUUUUCUUCCACCAACCUGACCCCAGCAACCACAACUCAACAUCGCGAACUCACUUGGCGACCAAGGUAUUUUGGA